UCCAGCGAAUAUCUCAGACAAAAUGAAAUUCUUGGUUACUUUUGCUUUAUUGGCCUUCGCUGUCUCCGCUCAUGCCUCAGCUAUAGGUUUAGGUUAUGGCGGAGUUGGUCUAAUUAAUCCACUAGCUCUUAGUCCUAUUGGACCAUCUGGAAUCGUAACUGGUGCAGGCGCUGCAGGACCUUCUGGUGUUGUAACUGGUUCUGGAGCCGCUGGGCCUGCUGGAAUUGUUACCGGAGCUGGAGCUGUUGGACCAACUGGACCUAAUGGAAUUGGAUAUUUGGGAGCACCAGCUUUAGGCUUGGGUCUCGCUGGACUCGGACCAUCUGGAAUCGUAACCGGUGUAGGCGCUGCAGGACCUUCUGGUGUUGUAACUGGUGCUGGAGCCGCCGGACCUGCUGGAAUUGUUACUGGAGUCGGAGCUGUUGGACCAACUGGACCCAAUGGAAUUGGAUAUUUGGGAGCACCAGCUUUAGGUUUAGGUCUUGCUAGACCUGGUUUGGGACUUGGCUUGAUCGGACACUGA